AUUGGGAGAGGACCGGGGAGGAGAGAGUUGGGUGAGAGCGGAGAGUAGGCAGGGAGAGAGUGGGGAGAAUUUCCCGUGGAACUUAUUUCAGUCUCCCUCCACGCGCUGGGCGAUGAUGGACGGAGGUGGACAAGAUGCGGAGAAGCGGGAAGGCCGGGCGGCCGGGGUCCCGGGCGGGACGGUCGCGGCGGCGUGGGUGCCAGCGGAGCUCGCAGAGCCUGCGGAGACGGUGGGGAAGACGCUGUCGGACACGGGACGCUUCUCUUACGCAGCGCUCUGCGCCAUCUCCCUCGCGUCGCUCUUGCCCACCGACAACCACAGCGAGUUCCGUCAGCGGUUCACGACCUCGCUCACCGAGUGGCUGGGCCUGCCCGCGACGGUGCUGCCCAUCAUGGAGGCGUUCGCCGAGGGCACGGGCGGCGAGGGCUCCGACUCGUUCGUCGAUCUGAUCGCUCGGGAGCUGGGACCACGGUCGGAGAAGAGCGACGGGUUCAUGCCGCUCAUUCAGGACCUUGUCAUGUUUGCGCUGAAGGACGGCUGUUAUGACGCCCGGGCGCACGUCUUGGUGCGUCACAUCGCCUGGCUACUCCAUGUCCAGCCCGAGGAUCUGGAGGACUUUGAGGACACUGUCGUCUCAAGCCUCAACUCCACGCCAAACGAGGAGACGCCGGCAGAGCUGGAGGCUCGGAAGAAAGCCGAGAGGAAGAGGAAGAUCAAGAGGUACCUCCUCAUCGGGCUCGCCACCACAGUGGGAGGGACCCUGCUGGGAGUGACGGGGGGACUGGCGGCCCCGCUCGUGGCCGCAGGUGCCGGCGCGGUCAUCGGCGGCGCCGGCGCUGCUGUUCUCGGCUCCACCGCCGGCAUCGCCGUCAUGACCUCGCUGUUCGGCGCGGCCGGCGCUGGCCUGACCGGGUACAAGAUGAAGAAGCGCGUGGGGCAGGUGGAGGAGUUUGAGUUCGUGACCCUGACCGAGGGGCGCAAGUUGGACGUCACCAUCGCCAUCACGGGCUGGCUCUCCUCCGGCAAAUACGGGAGCUUUGAGACCCCCUGGCGGUGCCUGCACCACAGCCGUGAGCAGUACUGCCUCGUGUGGGAGUCCCAGUACCUGCGAGGGCUGGGCCGUGCCAUCGACUCCAUCAUCAACGGGCUGCUCAGCAUGGCGGCGCAGGAGGCCCUCAAGCUCACCGUGUUGUCCGGCAUCCUGGCCGCACUCGCGUGGCCAUCGUCGCUCCUCCUCGCCGCCAACAUCAUCGACAACCCGUGGGACGUGUGCCUGAAUCGCGCCGCCGAGACGGGCAAGCAGCUGGCGCGCGUGCUGCUCUCGCGCCAGCAGGGCAAGCGGCCCGUGACUCUCAUCGGCUUCAGCCUGGGGGCGCGCGUCAUCUUCUACUGCCUCGAGGAGAUGGCCAAGGAGAAGGGCUGCGAGGGCAUCGUUGAGGACGCGGUGCUGCUGGGAGCGCCGGUGCAGAGCUCGGCCAAGCGGUGGGAUCCCAUCGCUCGCGUCGUCUCGGGCCGCAUCACCAACGGAUACUGCAGGGGCGACUGGCUGCUCAAGUUUCUCUACCGAAGCUCCUCGGUGCAGCUGAACGUCGCCGGCCUGCAGCCGGUGUGCACGGACAGCCGCCAGAUCAACAACGUGGAUCUUUCCGCAGUGGUGAACGGCCACAUGGACUACAUGAAGGAGAUGGAGACCGUCCUGCGAGCCGUGGGCAUUCGCACCCGCGGGGAGGCCGUGGUGACGGCACAGUCGCUCGGCGGGAUGUUGGCAUCUGGCUGCUCGGACCAGCCCCCCACAGACCAGCCCCCCACAGACCAGCCCCCCACAGACCAGCCCCUCACAGACCAGCCCCUCACAGACCAGCCCCUCACAGACCAGCCCCUCACAAACCAGCCCCCCACAGACCAGCCUGCCACUGACCAGUCCCCCCCAGACGAGCCCCCCACAGACCAGCCCCCCACAGACCAGCCCCUCACAGACCAGCCCCCCACAGACCAGCCCCCCACAGACCAGCCCCCCACAGACCAGCCCCCCACAGACCAGCCCCCCAUUGCCCAGCCCCCUGCAGACGAGCCCCCCACUGACCAGCCCCCCGCAGUUGAGGCCUCCUCGGACGCCCCACCGCAUUCUUGGCUCGACGGUGACGAGAGCGAACCCCAAGCGACGCUCGCGACCGACGGCCGCGACGCCGAUCGCGAGGACGCCGGCGGCCGCCCAGCGGCGGCGGCGGCCGAGGAUCGUGGAGCGGCGAGCAACGGAGGGUCGCCUGCGGGACAGCCGCCGGACGAGCAAGCCGUGCGCGUCGAAGAGACGGGCACGGAAACGACUGGAUCGGCGCUCGCGGCCUCCGGCGGGAGCGCGAGCGGCCGACCGCCAGGAGGCGACGACGGGGGCGAGGCGGCCAGCGGGCAAGCGGAUCGCGCCGGGAGAAUGGGCCGGGGCAGCUCCUUGGACGCGCCGGACAUCCUCGGCGCGUUCGACGCGACGCAUUUCGGCGUCGGACGUCCCGCCGGCGUCGCUUCAGGGGGAAGGGUUCCGGAGACGACGACGCCGGUGGCGGCCGCGGUCGAAGUGACGGACUGCCGCUCCCGUGAGCAGAGAGCGAAAAUGGCUCAUGGCGUCACAGAUGAAAACUUCAAUAAAUCCGACUGAGCACAGCCGGUGAUGCCGCCGCCGCCGCCGCCGUUGCCUGGGGCGCCUGAAGGUUGCAGUUGGCGAGGUGAGCAAGGCGUGAGCCUGUAAGAGGCCGUCGUGCGUGUGGGUGGGUGGCUGUGCGAGUGGAAUUGACGUGCGUAGGCGUCGGAUGCCGUCUUGAGCUCGAGUCGCGGGGAAACAGCUCUGUGGGCUCACCGUUUUUGAUGAAGGCCGCUUGUGUUGUGGCCGAAACGUCGUGAUUUUUGUUAUUUUAUUUUUUACCUACGUGACUUUACCCAAUAGAACCAAAGAGUAUGGAUCCUUGCAGUCACGAAAGCUUUAAAUCUAGAACUCACCGUUUUUAUUUUUGAGAUGGUGGCGCGAGGGUUCGGUGUCGGGUAGUGCUGCCACGGUCAUUUUAAUGGCGCCACCCACGUGCCAAGUCGGUGCCACAGAGGUGGGGGAGGAGGGUAGGGCGACAUCAGAAACAAAGAAUAUGGUUUAUAGCUUCAAGGUGUGUCUCUAAAACUGUCGAGAGCUUUAGCUUAACAAGGAAGAGUAAUUUUUCUACCGUACGCAGCCAACCAUGCUGUUUAUAACAGGUGCAUGUACAUUUUCCUGAAGCUCAGACUCAGAAUUAGAAUGUUUAUUUAUACUGGAGGAAUCCGAUGAGCUAUGAAGCUCGUUUUCACAGAUGUCCGGAAGGAGCGCACAGCUCUCCGACAAACAAUACAAAAACACGAUAUUUAACGUAUUAACUUUCUUUCCAGAAGCGACCUGGCCACAAUUGAUAGCUCAACAAAGUGGCCUCAUCAUCAUGUGGGCAUUUAUAGCGGCGAAAUAGUCGAAAUAACCCCAACGCACGGGCCCCACUGUGUCUGACGCGACCUCCAUCGCCGAGCUCUGAAUGAGCCGCGGUGAAUCUCAGGGGGCUGGGGGCAGCUGGCGCUGAGGGCGAGAGCGCCGUGCCUUCGAGCAUUCUUGUGGUGGUCGUUUUGGGUUAUUCUUGCACUUUGUAAUUUAAGGGGCUUAAAAAAAUAUAUAUUCCUUCACCCCCCCCCCCCAUCAUUGUGGACUCUGAAUGAGGUGGGGUGGGGGGGUUUAUCUUUGUCCUUUGCUUCUCUUAUGUCCGUCUUGGAUUGUCUGCACUUUUGUCUUAUUAAAAUGAACUAAACAACGUUUUUCUCCUACUAGGUAUAUAGCUUCUUUUUUUUUUCCAGAAGCAACCUGGCCACAAAUGAGAGCUCAACGGAGUGGCUUGUCAUCGUGUGGACAUUUACAGCAGCAGCCAAAUACGCCCACGGGGAGAGAGACACAUGCGAACUCCAAAUAUACAGGCGUAAAAGUCGGGAUCGAACCCACGACUUUCUGUCCACCAGGCGAGGUAGUUAACAUCUCGCCACCGUGGCGCCCGUUCAAUAACUGGCUUCUAAAAAACAUUGGGUCUCUUCCCAGUGUUAUAAUAAUGAAAAUUAAUUGCGUUUAUCAAGCGCCUUCUACAAGUUACUCAGGGUACUGUUGUUCAUAGCAAUAAAUAAGUAGAAUAUAAACACUGUGCAGGGCGUUCAUAGCCGGCGGGGUAGGGAGCAGCACAACACUGGGCAGGGCGUUCAUAGCCGGCGGGGUAGGGAGCAGCACAACACUGGGCAGGGCGUUCAUAGCCGGGGAGUUGGUGGGGGGGGCAGUGCAAGAGAAAAACCACGUUAUAACGGUGUGCGUUCUGCAAAAAGUCUUCGGUAAUAGCGGAAAAUACCACGUUGUGUGAGCACGCGCUAAGCGAGCACUUACCGUGCGUGCAAAGCCAAAAUGACAUUUUUCAUUUUGUUCUGCGUGCAGUCGUCCUCGAGCUCACAAUACUUGAGAACGCCGUUUAGUCGGAGGCGGCCACCACCACGAGUUUCCUCCCUUCGUGGUGUUGUUAUUUUGGGGUUGCUUUUGAAGUUCGUAAUUUUAAUUUUUUGUUCGUCACCUUUCAAGCAAUCGGAUCGAGCACUUAAAACUGUCCCGAGUCAUUUGCUGUCCAAAUGUUCAGCUUUGCCCGCGUUUGCGCGUUUGUACGUGGAAAGGCGGCCGGGUGUGGUUGCUAGCCACACACCCCCCCCCCCCCGACACCACAUUUGUGUGCCGUGCCGGACUGGGCUCCGUGGGUACUUGCCGACGCAGCACUUGCAACGCCAGCCUGUAAUGUUAUAUGGAGGAUUAUUUGUUGUGUUCACUGGAAUUAGUGUGUUUUUUUAUUGCUUUCUCGGCACGUAACGAUGCGAUUAUUUGGUGGUUAUUUCACUCGAGCCGCGCGCAAAAAAAAGCGUUGCGUGCACAACGACCGAUUACUCGCGAUUUAUGCAAAUAGUCUGCUUGUGCUACGUUGAGGCUAGCUAAGCGAGAGAGAGAGAGAGAAAAAAAAGCGUACGGAUGUCACAGAACACAAACGAGACCAUGACAUUCGGACGAAGUUUCUUCUCUCACUUUUGCGCGGCACAACUCUUCGACGCGUUUCUGGGUCGUUACCCGCGUGUCGUCUGGCGCGAUGUCUAACGUUUCGCUACCUCGUGCCAAAGAAAAGCGCCCAGGUGGUGGAGCGGCACGUCCCGGACGUCGUGCCAAACGUCGCGCGGGUAACGACGAACACCCAGAAAGCAGCCGAGAGAUUUCUCAACCGAUCAUCGAAACCGAAUCGCGACCCAGAAUCGUGACAGAGGGCGAUGAUCGUGAGAUGCCGUUUGGUUUACUACGACCCUAGCCAUCUGGGUUCAUUCUCUUGCCAUAAAAAAAUACAAAUGGCGGUUCUCAUUUGAAGUUCACGUGGACGGCCUUCCAGGUUUACCCAGCCUGAUAUGUGUGUGUGCCUUAUGCCACGUGUCACCAGCACAGGAGGGGGGGGAGACAAAGACGACUACUGGAUGCCAAUAACCCCAGCUUCUGUGUGCCCUGCUUUGCCUCGAUAGGCGCUCGCCAACAGCAACCUUGUAAGUGAGAAAUCGGAGUCGACGUGAGACUGUUUUAGCCCCUUUUGUUCGUCGCUCGGCGAAAUGUUCAAACGGCGUUUAAUUUCCCUGUUGUUAAUCAAUGCACUAUGCAAUGUUAUUGUCGAAUGUUAUUUUUCAAAAAUAUAUAUAUAUUGUCAAACCGAAGCUGUAACAGUUGAAAUAAAUCGUGGCUGUAA